AUGGGGGACCUCGCUCUGGCCUGCUUUCUCCUGGGGUCCGCUCCUCUGCCCACUCGCUGCGCCAUAUGUCCGGCCAGUGCCCCUGUGGGCACGGGCUCCUGUGCCGGGGACGUGGGCAUCAGGCCCCCGGCGUACUUGGGGUGCAUUGAAGUUCUCCGCUCAAUGAGGUCUCUUGACUUCAGUACAAGAACACAGAUUACCAGGGAAGCCAUCAGCCGCGUCUGCGAAGCCGUCCCUGGCGCCAAGGGAGCCUUCAGGAAGAGAAAGCCUCCCAGCAAAAUGCUGUCCAGCAUCUUGGGCAAGAGCAACCUCCAGUUUGCGGGCAUGAACAUCUCCCUGACCGUGUCCACCGCCAGCUUGAACCUGCGGACGCCCGACUCCAAACAGAUCAUCGCCAACCACCACAUGCAGUCGAUCUCGUUCGCCUCCGGGGGAGACCCGGACACAACCGACUACGUUGCGUACGUAGCUAAGGACCCCGUUAACCGCAGAGCGUGUCACAUUCUGGAGUGCUGCGACGGGCUGGCCCAGGAUGUCAUCGGCUCCAUCGGACAGGCCUUUGAACUCCGGUUUAAGCAGUAUUUGCAGUGUCCUUCCAAGGUCCCCGCUUUCCAUGACCGAAUGCAGAGUCUGGACGAGCCUUGGACCGAAGAGGAGGGGGAUGGCUCAGACCAUCCGUACUACAACAGCAUCCCAAGCAAGGCGCCCCCUCCGGGGGGCUUUGUGGACGUGCGGCUGCAAGCCAGACCCCACGCCCCUGACGCGGCCCAGUUUGCAGGCAAAGAGCAGACGUACUACCAGGGGAGACACCUGGGAGAGCCGUUCGGCGAAGACUGGAGGCAAGCACCUGUCCGGCAAGGGUCCUUGGACACCUACAGCCUGCCGGAAGGGAGAGCUCACGCGGGCCCUGGAGAAGCCCCCACCUACGUGAACGCCCAGCACAUCCCACCGCAGGCCACACCGGCCUCCGGCAGCAGCGCGGAGAGCAGCCCGCGGAAAGACCUCUUCGACAUGAAACCCUUUGAAGACGCUCUCAGGAACCAGUCCUCGGGGCCUGUGCUGAGCAAGGCGGCCUCCGUGGAGUGCAUCAGCCCUGUCACGCCCAGAGCCCCGGAUGCCAAGAUGCUGGAGGAGCUGGAAGGGGAGCCUUGGUACCAAGGGGAGAUGAGCCGGAAGGAGGCCGAGGGGCUGCUGAAGAAUGACGGGGACUUCCUGGUCAGGAAGAGCGCCACCAACCCGGGCUCCUUCGUCCUCACGGGCAUGCACAACGGCCAGGCCAAGCACCUGCUGCUCGUGGACCCGGAGGGCACGGUCCGGACGAAGGACAAGGUCUUUGACAGCAUCAGCCACCUCAUCAACCACCACCUGGAGAACAGCCUGCCCAUCGUCUCUGCUGGAAGUGAGCUCUGUCUCCAGCAGCCAGUGGAGAAGCCCCUGUGA